AUGGGCACACCAAGCGUCUACUUCAGUUUAAAGACACCCACGACUCCAGGGCCUCCGUGUGCAUCGCCUCCAUCUCGUCCCUCAGACGCCUGCCGGUGCCCACGUUCCCACAGGUUGGCUCUGAAACUCAGUUGUGCUGGGCUCACCCUUCUUCUCCUGACCGUGGUUGGACUGAGUGUUUUAGUGCGAGUCUUAAUACAAAAGCCAUCCAUAGAAAAAUGCAGAGAGUAUAUUCAAGAGAGCAUAACUGAACUAACAGGGAAUCCAGCAAAGCUACACUGCCCAAAAGACUGGCUUCUACACCGUGAGAAAUGCAUAUGUUUUUCUCGAGAUUCUAAUAUUUGGAAGGAAGGUCAAUCUUACUGCGCUAGAAAAGGAGCCACUUUGCUGCUCAUUCAAGACCACGAAGAACUGAGAUUCAUAAAGGACUUGAUAAAGGAAAGAGGCAAUUCAUUUUGGAUUGGACUAAAUUACUCCUUGCCAGACAAGCACUGGAGAUGGAUAAACGGCUCCACUUUAAGCUCUGAUGUAUUACAAAUCACUGGUGAAGCUAAAAUAAACAGCUGUGCCUCCAUCUCAAAGGACAAAGUGGUUUCUGAGGACUGUGCUUCAGACUACUAUUGGAUCUGCCAGAAGGAACCAAAACGUUCUGAAACCAGGUGUAAUGACUCCUGA